AUGGCCAUGACGAAUCCCAAAGGUAUCCGUCGGGGGACGCGGUAUAUGUUCGCGCGUAAGUUCAAGCGUCACGGCGUCGAGCAUUUGUCCACAUUUCUGAAGGUGUAUAAGAGGGGAGACAUUGUGGACAUCAAAGGCAACGGCGCCUUCCAGAAGGGGAUGCCCUAUAAGUACUAUCACGGAAAGACCGGUCGCGUCUACAACGUGACCAAACACGCGCUCGGAGUGGUGGUCAACAAACGGGUCCGCAAUCGCAUCAUCGCCAAGAAGAUCAACGUUCGCGUAGAGCACGUGUCGCACUCCAAGUGUCGGCAGGACUUCCUUCAGCGCGUGAAGCGAAACGAGAUCAUUAAGAAAGAGGCCAAACAGACCGGCGCUCACUAUACUGUCAAACGCGAGGCCCGACAGCCCAAGAGCGGCCACUUUAUACGGAUCACCAAAGUUAACAAACCGCAGAACUUACAGCCCGUUCCCUACGAACUCAUCGCUUAA